UAUUCUUGUUUCUUUUUUGGUGAGAAACAUGGUUUAUUCCUGGGGUUUGCUGCGGAAAAGAAAUAGUUCUUGGGGUUUUUUUAACGAAGAACACGAUUUAUUCUUAGGUUUUGAUGAGGAAAAUCGUGUAUUUUUGUGGUUUUCGUGAUAAAAAAGUGUUUAUUUUUCUGCUUUUCGUGAGGAAAAGAGUUUAUUUCGGUGGUUUUUGAGGAGGAAAGUCGUUUAUUCCUGAGUUUUGGGAAGCGCUGCCAUGACCAACCUCCCGCCUCCGGCGGCGUCCGGGAAUUGCUUUUACAUCCUGACGGAAGACUGUGCCUAUGGAAGCAAAUACUUCCAGGCUGGCACCAUGUGCUUCUGCAGCGAGCGGAGCUACCUCCGGAAUUUUUCCGAGGCCGGGCCCCCCACGUGCUUCCUGAAGGUCGUCAUGCUGGACGACGGCUCCGGCGUCACCGUCAACGUCGGGAUCCUGCAGCCCCUGCGGGAAGAAGCCGCCGGAUUCCUGCUGGCCAUCGGCAACCCCAAGGAACGCCUGAGCUUCUUCCUGGAAAGGUCGAGCUUGGAAGCGGCGCUGGGAGCUGCUCCCGGCCGGAAUGUGAUGGUGGAGGUCGACCGGAAGUUCUUCCCGGGGGUGAUCCGGUACGUCGGGAGCAUCUACAAACCCAGCUUGGCCGUGCUGGCCCCGGUGUUCUUCGGGGUGGAAUUGCAGGGAGAGGGGGAAAACCGCGGGCGAAGCGACGGCUCCUACCACGGCACCGAGUUCUUCCAGUGCCGGAAGAACUGCGGGAUCUUCCUGCCCUUCAGCAAAAUCCAGUUCAAUCCCGCCGCGGGCAAGAAUUUCGGGAAUGCGACGCCCAAAGAGGCCGAGGAAGAGGCGCUUCCUGUAAAAGUGGGAGACGCCGUCAGCUUUUACGUGGAUGAGAUCCCGACCAAGGGAAUUGCCAUGGCCAUUUACCGGGAAGGGAGCCGAUGGUUCGUCAGGGUUUGUCCGGAAGAAGAAGGAACGACCGAUAUUUUCCGGGAAAUCCCGAUGGAUUCCGUGGUGAAGGAGAGUUUGCCGAGUUUGUUUCCGUCCUUCGACUCCGACGUGGGUUUGGGCCCCCCAAAUCCAAGAAAAGCGGAGACGAGCGAGAGUGGCGAGGAGGGCGAAGGUGGGAAUUCCCCCCUGGAAGUGAACUCCAUGGUCCAGAUUGCCUUGGACAAGGGGAGCCAAGUGUCGGGAAUCAUCCGCUGGUUGGGAUUCCUGCCCCAGAUUACGGAGAAAAUGGCGGGAGUGGAACUGGAUGAAGACAAGGGGGUCACCGGGGGCGAGUGGUUGGGCAAGUCCUACUUCCACUGCGCCCCAAAACGCGGCCUCUUCGUGAGGCUCAACUCCUGCCAGCCCGACCAGCGCUUCCAGAGCCUUCCCGACACCCAACCCUCCCUCCUGGAAUACGGAGAACGGGAAGUUCUUCCCCAGACUCCUCCGGAGAGUUUUCCUCCCCUCAGGAACGAGGCGGCCGUGCGCGUCCUGCGGGGCCGGAUGAAGGGCAUCCAAGGCCACUGCAAUUCCUGCUACAUGGAUGCCGCUCUCUUCAGCCUCUUCUCCUGCACAUCUGUGCUGGACUCCAUGCUCUUCAUGCCCUUCCCACUGAGUGACAGGAAUGUCCAGGGAAUUCUGCGGGAUGAGAUCGUGAAUCCCCUCCGGAGGACUGGAUUCGUCCGGGCCAGCAGCGUGAUGCACCUCCGGGAGCAGCUCACGGACAAGGGACAAUGUUCCAGCUUCACCAACGCUGAGAAAGAUCCUGAGGAAUUCCUCAACCUCAUAAUGCAGCAGAUCCUGGGAAUGGAGCCACUCCUGAAACUCCAGUCAGGAGGGCAGGAGCAGGAUUGUUACUGCUACCAGAUCUUCCUGGAUAAGCAGGAGGAUCUGGUGGUUCCCAACGUGCAGCAGUUGGUGGAACGUUCCUUCCUGUCCUCGGAUCUGAAGCUGGUGGAGAUCCCCUCCUGCUUCAUUAUCCAAAUGCCACGUUUUGGGAAGGAGUACAAAAUGUUCAGCAAAAUCAUCCCUUCCUUGGAGCUGGACAUCACAGACCUGCUGCUGGACAGUCCCAGGGAAUGCUGCCUGUGUGGAGAUGUUGCCACCCUGGAAUGUUUGGAAUGUUUCCAGGACCAGGUGUUCGCAGCCACGGGCCUGAAGCAGUUCUGCAGCUCCUGCUCCAGACAGGUUCACUCCCAUCACCGACGCAAGGCGCACAAACCAACGCGGCUGCACAUCCCGGAGGAAUUCCAGCGGUGGAAUUCCCGGCGGAGGCAGCCGAUCCCUCGGGAGAAGCUGGAGCUCUUCGCCGUGCUCUGCAUCGAGACCAGUCACUACGUGGCCUUCGUCAAGUACGGCCCCGGGAAGGAGCACUGGAUGUUCUUUGACAGCAUGGCCGACCGGCACGGUGGCGAAAGCGGCUUCAACAUUCCCGCGGUGACGCUGUGCCCGGAGGUCGCCAAAUACCUGGAAUUGCCCUUGGCCGGGCUGGCCCUGGAGCAGCCCCGGGAUAUGGAUGGAGUGGCCAAAAGGCUCUUCUGUGACGCCUACAUGUACCUGUUCCAGAGCCGGAAAAUGGCCCUGUACAAGUGACCCGGAGCGGCCUCGGGAAUCCGGGAUCGCUUCCCGGCCCCUCGGGAACAGCCGAGUCUGGACGCAACAAGCUGCACUUCGGAGCCUCUUCUUACCUCUCCUGGUAUCCCACUAUCCGUGGGGUUGGGAAAUCCAGGCUUUAUCCUGUGGGCACAGCUGGACUUUGGAAUUGUCGACGCCCGGAUCCCGUCUCAUUCCGCACGUUCCCAUCCCGCCCUUUUCCCUUCCCACCCUCCUUUUCUCCCGUCGCUCCGAAGCCGAGGACCAGCAGCAACCAAAGCACCGGGAUUCAUCCUCAGGUUUUCAGGGAGCACAAGGAAUCCGCAGCCUCCCCUUCCCUGAAAACAUCCUCGCCUGGAUUUGGGGGAGUGGGAAAACCGGGUGGGAGCCGGUUGAGAUGGAUCAGGAGGAGGGGUUUUCCCUCUAAAUCCCUCGAUUAUCUGCACUUCCCUUAUCCAACACUUUUUUCCCGCCAUCCCUCGGGCGUCUCGAGCUGAAAAUAUCCUUUAAAACCAGACAUUCCUGGAAGAAGAAAACUGGGAGAAGGAUGGAGCACCUGCCGCUCCCUCCCUUUGGCAAACUCCGUGCGGGAUUCGGGGUUUCCACUUGACUCUUAAGCACUUCCCAUCCUGUUUUUUUUCCACGUCCACUUCCAAGUUCGGUGCCAAACACCGGAAUUCCAGGGGCAGAAAUGGAAAAAAACCAAAAAAAAAACCAAAAAAAACCCAAAAAAACCC